AUGUCUGUAACGUUUAUCUAUGCUGCUUACCCCCUGCUUCAACUGGGGGUGGUCUAUAAUCGUGUAACAGCACUCUUUCUCCCCUAUAAGUACGACAAAAUGUGCCCUAUAGCAUCAGCGUGGGUAUUCAUAAUAGUAGGUUCAUUUUAUGGGACCUAUGCAAUAGCGCAACAACUUUUU